GCCGCCGCCGCGUUCGUUGGCGCUCGCUGUGCUGGUUGGGCCCCGGCCGCCGCCUGGCGCAGCUGCCGGGGCCGGCGCGGGAGGAUGCGGCGGUUCGCGCGGGUAGCGCUGCUGUGCCUGGGCUGCGGCGUCUGCUCGCUGCUAUACGGUUUCAGCCAGCUGGCCCUCUCCCUGGAGCAGGAGCCCGGCGGCGGCCGAGAACGGCAGGCCCGAGACUCCGCCGCCCCCAGUGCCCGGCGGCAGGCAGGCGGCGGCCGGGUGGCGGCGGGGGGGAGCUUAGGACCAGACGAAGUCGGGGCCAGCAGGUGUAAGAAUUUGUCUGUAUCUUUCUGGAAUUCCUAUUGGAUGCUGCCCUCUGAUGUUUGUGGAAUGAACUGCUUUUGGGAAGCUGCUUUUAGAUAUGAUGACAGGAAAACACAUCCUUCUGAGAAAAUGCAUCUUGCAGUGGUUGCCUGUGGUGAAAGACUGGAGGAGACUAUUACUAUGUUGAGAUCAGCCGUUAUUUUCAGCAUCAAACCUCUCCAGUUUCAUAUUUUUGCUGAGGACCAAUUGCACAAGAGUUUCAAAGACAUACUUGAUGACUUCCCCUAUGAAGUAAAAGUUAAUUACACGUUAUAUCCAAUAACAUUUCCAACUGAGAGUGCAGCAGAAUGGAAGAAAUUAUUUAAACCAUGUGCUUCACAAAGGCUAUUCUUGCCAUUAAUCUUGAAAAAUGUGGAUUCACUACUGUAUGUUGAUACAGACAUCCUGUUUUUGAGACCUGUUGAUGAUAUUUGGUCUUUCCUGAGAAAGUUCAACUCCACACAAAUCGCUGCGAUGGCACCGGAACAUGAAGAGCCUCGUAUCGGGUGGUACAAUCGCUUUGCCAGGCAUCCAUAUUAUGGAGUAACUGGAAUAAAUUCUGGAGUCAUGUUAAUGAAUAUGACACGUAUCAGAAGAAAGUAUUUCAAGAACGAUAUGACGUCAGUCCGAUUACAAUGGGGAGAAAUUCUUAUGCCACUAUUGAAGAAGUACAAGUUGAACAUAACAUGGGGUGAUCAAGAUCUGUUGAACAUUAUGUUUUUUCACAAUCCAGAAAGUCUUUAUGUCUUUCCUUGCCAAUGGAAUUAUCGUCCUGACCACUGUAUCUAUGGAAGCAAUUGUAAGGAAGCCGAAGAGGAAGGCAUAUUUAUUCUUCAUGGAAAUAGAGGUGUUUACCAUGAUGAUAAACAACCAACAUUUAGGGCUGUCUAUGAAGCAAUAAAAAAUUAUUCAUUUGGAGAUGAUCUGGUUCGUUCCCUGUUGCGGCCCCUAGAACUGGAAUUGCAGAAAACCAUGCAUACAUACUGUGGAAGAGUACACAAAGUGUUCAUAAAGCAGCUGACAAAUAGCAUAAAAGACUUGAAUGCCAGAAGAUCAAAGGGAAGGUGAUCUUUACUCCAAGCUCUUAAAUCAAGAGAUUGAAUUAGCAUACUGGUCAAAAGGUGCAAAAAUUCUAAUCAGGCUUGAAUCGGCUCUUCAUGUGCCCAGGUAAAGGCUUGCUAGCAUGCAUAAAAAUGAAGAAGAUAUUCAUGUAAUGAAGAACAGGAACUUUUUUCCUGCAAAGGUGACUUUGCUCUUUUGAAGUUUAAUCACUGCUAAUGUUUAUCUUGGAAUCAUCCAUUGAGUUGAGUGUUACUGGCUUCUGUGGUCAGUAGUUUUAGUCUGCAUAAUUCAGUUAUCUAAUGAUCAAAUGAACAAGGAGGAAAUGAAGAUGGCUCAAUUUGGGAGUAUACCUCAUAUAUUGUCUAAAAUUCUGUUAAACUGUGAAUGUAGCAAUAACUGAUUCAGCAGUGCUAACCUCACUUUAAAGGUGUGAGCCUUUAUGUAAACAAAGGUGUUUACAAGUACAGAAAAUACUCUGUUUUUAAAGAAAUGUGACUUAAUCGGUGACAAUCUGUAUGUGCCUUUCCAUGUUCAUCUCUUACAUGUUGAAGUACUGUUUUGACAAUCUUGCUUAUCUUAGAUGUAAACUGCACACUAAAUACAAUUGUCUGAGAAAUGAAUGACUAGUGUGUGAUAGCAGAUUUCUCUGUUACUCGAUAUAGAGACUUUUUAAUAGACAACAUUUGUUUCGAUGCUGUUAAGCUGUCAUGGCCAAAAGAGUAGAUUUGAGGUUAUUUUCUUUUAGCAGAAAUUCAGUUUGAAGUUGUCUGUUCUACAGUGGGUUUGUUUGGCAUUUGUUUGGUUUGGUUUUUUUUUAAUUACAUGAUUUUGUAGCUUUAUAGGGCAUUUUGGAAGUAGGAAAAAACCCCAAACAGUGGAAUUCUGUUGCUAUUGUAUUUUGUUACUAUGAAUUGUGAUAGAAUCAUAGAAUUAUUUAGUUUGAAAAGACCUCCAUGAUGAUGGUUAUGAUAGAAUGUUUAGUACAUGUAAGCAAAGAGCUAUAACCACAGUUCUGAUGCUUCAUCUAAUGGUAUAUUAGAUUGAUUUAUUAGAGAUUUUAUCCUGUUACCAUCAUUUUUUAAUAACAUGGCUUUAAAAUAGCUUGGGGCCAGACCCUCAACUACGUGAAUGCAUUGCUGUCAAUAGAGUGAUUUACAGCAGGUUAAGGAUUAGGCUUUCUUUAGUUAUCUUAGUGAAAAAGAAGAAAAGUUCUGUUUAUGUAAUACAAACUCUUUUUCAGAGGAAAAUAUGAAGAAAAAGACUGAGUUCUAGUGUUACAGUAAAAUAUUAUUUAAACUUGCAUGAUAUGAACUGCAUUUGUAAAGUAUAUUUGAACUUGGAUAACCCAUCUUAACUGAGAUGAAGUCUUCAUAAAGUGAAGUUUUGGAUUCCAGAAAAGUUCCUGUGUGUUGAGCGUGGAAGAUCUACUCACUGACUUGCACCUUCAUCCCAACCCAGUUUUAGAAGCUUCAUUUUUGUAGCUCUCUCUUUGACAAAGGCAGGCUGACUCUGACUCCCAGAUCCAUGUGAGCUGGGAAAAGUACUUCAGGAGUACAAAGACAUAAUCCGUUGUAAGCAGAGUUCAUAUUCUGCUUCUUAUCUCCCUGCUGGCUCAGGGUAUAAAUUUCUGGCAUGGAAACUAGGAAGAAGUCUGCCUUAUAUGUAGUUAUGGUCUCUUUUCCUUGCUGUGUAACCUUUUGAAGUCUGAAAAUCUAGAAAUCUGUGUAACGGUGAAUACUGUUAUUGACUGAUUUUACAAUAUGCAAUGCGUUAUUUUUUUACAUAAAUACUGAUUUUUAUAUCUGUUUGUCUUCAACUUUUUUGUACUGUGCGUUCGUAUUUUAAAAGUUCUUUCUUUCAGUGUCUUUUUCUUGUUGCAGGAAUUGUCAGUUUUUAUUUGAUUUUUAGUAUGUCCUACGCAUGUGAAGAUACUAUUUAAAACCCAAUGAGCCCUUAUAGAAGAAAGUGGAAUGUGAGCACUAGUAGCAACCUUUCCUCUUAAGUUUCAAUUUUCAUGGAGGAUUAGAGCAAAAAGAGUUAAUAUUUAAGCUGUUUAUAUGAUUAAAAGAAAUGUACUUUAUGCUUAUGUGAAGAGAUAUUUACUUAACUUACAAAUAGAGAAUAUAUUCUUAUAGCUUUUGUUUAAUUUUUAUUAAUAUAACCUUAAACUGCUUACCUCAACUAUCUAUUUGCAAGCAAUAGUACUCAUGAACACUUUCAAAAUCAUUAACAAACAGCUUGCUUAGUAGCUUCCAUUAAGUAACUCUCCAGAGUAUUUGUCUGUUUUCAGUGGGGUUUUUUUUAGUUGUGUAACUCUUGUUUCUGAAAUUGAGAGAUGAGCUUCCUUUAAAAAAAAUUGACUUACAAAGAAAACAUUUGUAAACAGCAAGAUUAGAAAAGCAAGAAGAGCGAUAGAAAAGUUAUACUCCCAGACAUUUCAAUACUUGUUUCUAAUGUGUGUGUGUUUAUAUGUGUAUAUAUGUGUGUGUAGAAGCUUUCAUCUAGCCAGUGAAUCUUUAUUGCUAUCUAGCUUUAGAAACUUUGUAACUAAAUAAUUGAGAAAAUAAGUCCUGACGACUUAGACAACUUCAGAAAUCUCAUUUUUGCAGGUUUAUUUAUAAAAAAAAUAUUCAGUGCUGAUAGAAGCAUAAAGUUUCAUAGUAAGAAUGUAAACAUAGGAAAUGUAGCUUUAGGUUAAAUUAAGGUAAAUCUGUUUUCAUCAUGCUUGAUUUGUCUGUAUUUCAUGGUGCCAUUAUUCUGUCCCUUUUUAAAGAGGUCACAGUCUCAUGGUAAAGUAAUCUAUAUGAAGAUGUGUUCUCUCAUUUGCACAAAGUUCUGUCUCUUUGUAGGUAGUACGAAAGGGCAGCUGUCCCUUGAUGAGACUGAAACAUCCUCAUGUAAUAGAAGCAUAGAAUGGUAGGGAUAGGAAAGGACCUCUAGAGAUCAUCCUGCCCAACCUCCUCCUGGCUAGUACAGGUAUGCCUAAAUCAGGUUGCACAGGAACAUGACCAGGUGGCUUUUGAAAGUCUCCAGAAGAGGGGACUCCAUAACCUCUUUGGGCAGUCUGUUCCAGUGCUCUAUCACCCUCAAAGUAAAGAAGUUUCUCCCUGAGUUCAAGUGAAACCUCUUGUGUUCUAGUUUGUUGCCCUUUGUCCUCUCACUGGUCACUGUUGAAAAAGAGCCCAGCCCUUAUGACCCUCACCCUUUAUAUAUAUACGUAUAUGCAUAGAGAGUGUCACUUCUCAGACUUCUCUUUUCCAGCCUUCAGAGCCUCCGAUCUGGGGCCUCAGGUUGUACCAGUUUUCUGUCCAUACUAGAGGUACUCCAAACCACACAGAGUUUGCACAGUUUCCAUCUGUGUGCUUUUCAUACCAGCAUGACAGAAGCCAGCCAGUCUUCUUUCUUUCUUCCUCCCAGAUUAGGCCUUCCAUUUAGACAGCAUGCAAAAGGAAAUAACUGCAACGUGGUGGUAGGAGGAGGGACGAAUCUGGGUCUGCUUGGAAGGUUUAGAAGCAGAACAUGUAAGAGGCAAAGCUGAAGGUGUAAUAGUUUUAUUUUUUUAAUCAUUGCUGCGUAUUUACAGUUAUGGAUGUGCUGGUGCUUGUGGUGGAUUAAAUGGAGUGAAGCUGAGGGGCAAAACCAGUCUAUUUUAACUCAUCUUAGCAAAACACUAGACUUUUCCUGCCUGGUUUGUAAAGGUGUCUCUGAACACGUGGACAUGUCUAGAAUUUCCAUUUCUUAAAAGUUUUAGGUUCUUUUUCAUUGUCUCAUUUCAAAUUCAAAGAUUUUCAACUCUGAAGCAGGUUUAACAAAAUCCAUUUACUGACUAUAUAAUUUUGGUUUUCACCUGGUUAAGUGACAUACUCCUGUAUAAUUUAAAUGAAUGUGUAGGCUGUUCGCGUGUGUCCAUUUAUGCCAUUUUCAAAUAAAUGAUCCAUUUUGAAUAUUUA